GCUGUGUGUCUGCUUAUUUAGACCUGCUGAAUCUAUUACAAAGGCAACGGUGGACAACCAGUACAACGGCAGUGUUGGUUCUUUAAAUGGACACCUGCUCUUGCAGUAUGGCCCAGAUAUCCAGUAGCAAUGGAUUUAAACAGCGUUCGUCGCCUUCUUUGGCAGCUGCGAGGUCCAAAGAUGUGGACAAAGAGGAGGCGUUGCAGAUGGAAGCUGAGGCGUUAGCUAAAAUGCAGAAAGAAAGAGGUGCAGCUGGAAAUAAGCAAACUCUUCAUUCUUCAAGCAGCACCAGACAAAAAGUGCAGACUCAUAACAAGCAGGACCACGAUCUUAUGGUGUUUCCAGAGUCUGAUGCUAAGAGAAUGGAAGAUAAACUAAGUAGUAUUGACAUAGAGAAACUUACUCAUGCUGAACUAGAGAAACUGCUGCUGGAUGAUAGUUUUGAAUCUAGUAAAGGACCUACAUUACCAGUAACUCCCGUUUUGAACCCACCUGUUUCUUCACAGUUUUAUCUUGGGCCUGCUGGUCGGAGAGGGCAGUGGGCACCUGGGAUACCAGCACCUGCGACUUGCACUUUACCUCCUAUUUAUCCCCCAGCUUCUUUUACAAAACAGACUGGUGUAUUUCAGAAUGGAUUCCAUCCAAGUGUGUCCUCCUAUCACUCUACAGAACCUAUUUAUUUUGGUCUUCCAAGACAGUCGCAAUACAUUUCAUAUCCAUUGGCAGCUACUAUACCUUUCCAUCCACAAGGAAAUGUUCCCAUAUAUCCUCCAGUAAUUACACCAGAAAUGGCAAAAGUAUUUGACAAAAUUGCAAGCACCUCACAAUUUCUGAAGAAUGGGAAGUCAAGCACUGACUUGGAGAUGACUGCUCUUAAGUCUGCAGUUUCUAAUCUACCAGCCUCAGAAAGCUGCAGAGACAUUAGUAAAUUUGACUGGCUGGAUUUGGAUCCUUUAAGUAAACCAAAAAUGGAUAGUGUGGAGACUUUGUACAAGGCAGAAGAUGAUGGUGAUGUGACUUCCAGCAUGACUGCAGAGGAUCCAUGGGACGCUGUGCUCUUAGAAGAAAAGUUGUUAGUAACUUGUCAUAUGGAAAGAAAGGUUAAUGGGAAAUCUUCUGGAGCAACAGUUACGAGAAGCCAGUCCUUGAACAUUCGAACAACUCAGCUUGCAAAGUUCCAGGGCCAAACAACAGAGAAAGACAAUGGGACCACUGGCACACUGACAGACCACGCACUUCGCCAAGAAAUUGAAGGGCAGAACCAAGAGCUGUCAGCUUUUUUGCAAGCGGUUACAAAUUUGAGGACCAAGUUUCCUUAUGAUAAUCUACAAACAAAUCCAGGUUUUGUGCUGAGUCCAAUCAUGCUGCAAAGAAAUAUAAGUGGAGAGAGUGCCAGUAUCAAGAUUUCUAUAGAAAUCAAAGGAUUCCAGCAGCCAGUAACUUUUACAUGUGAUGUGAGUUCCCCUGUGGAGCUUAUAAUAAUGCAGGCACUUUGCUGGGUGCAUGAUGACUUGAAUGAAGUGGACAUUGGCAGCUAUAUCCUGAAAGUCUGUGGCCAAGAAGAAGUUUUACAGAAUAAGCACUGUGUAGGAAGCCAUGAAUAUAUCCAGAACUGCCGGAAAUGGGAUACAGAAAUUAAACUGCAGCUCUUGACCCAUAGUGCAGUGUGCAAAGAAUUGGCACGAACAGAAGAAGAUGAUAGAACACCUGUGCAUCUAACAAAACACCUCUACAAAGUAGAAAAGCCUUUCAGAGAUGUUGUUAUAAGGUCUUCUGUUGAAGAGCUUCUUGAUGCCUAUCAUAAACAAAUUGAGAUAGUGCUUAGAAAUGAGAACCAACAUAAAGCAGUAGAACAUGUAAUAAAGACUGUCAGAAAAAUCUGUUUUACGUUGGAUGGUGUAGAGACUCCUGCAAUAACAGAAUCUGUAAAGAAGCUAAGGAGGGUGGUUAAUCUUCAGAGGACUAAAAACACUGAGGCAUCCUUAAAAUGUGGCGAGGACAGUAGCAAGAGCUCAUCUGGUGAGUUAAGUUCUUCAUCUGCAGUAGUUUCUUCAAAAGAUAGUAGGGACACCAAGGAAGCGUGGACUUCCACAGAACAUCUCCAGUUCACAAUAUUUGCCGCACAUGGAAUAUUUUCUGCUUGGGUAUCAAAUUAUGAAAAAUAUUACUUGAUUUGUUCUCUGACCCAUAAUGGAAGAGAUCUGUUCAAGCCUGUUCAGUCCAAGAAGGUUGGCACAUACAAAAGCUUCUUCUACCUGAUUAAAUGGGAUGAACUAAUAAUUUUCCCCAUCCAGAUUUCACAACUGCCAUUGGAAUCAGUCUUAUGUUUGACGUUGUAUGGAAUCCUAAAUCAAAGUAGUGGAAGUUCUCCUGACUCAAAUAAACAGAGAAGGGGUCCAGAAAUUUUGGGUCAGGUUUCUCUACCUCUUUUUGAUUUUAGACGAUUCUUGACUCGUGGAACAAAGCUCUUGCAACUCUGGACCUCAUCGCUUCCCAGUCAUGCAUCAGGGCUGGCCAGUAAGAGAGGAAAUAUGGAAAGAAUAGUCUUGCAGGUUGACUUUCCAUCCCUUGCUUUUGAUAUUGUAUAUCAAAUUCCUCAAUCUGUAAAGACUACUGUGUGUCAUUCCAUAGAAACAUUGGAAAACCCAUUGAAGGAACGUCUGCUUACCAUUCUUUCUAAAGAUAACAGCAUUGGGCUAUCAAAAGAAGAUAAACAAUUUUUGUGGGAGAAGCGACAUUAUUGUCAUAGUCAUACUAGUUGCCUACCAAAAAUACUGGCUAGUGCCCCUCAUUGGGACUGGGCAAGUCUUCCUGAAAUAUACUCGUUACUGCAGCAGUGGCCUCCUUUAUCACCCUUAGCUGCACUGGAACUACUUGAUUCAAAGUUUGCUGAUCAAGAAGUGCGAACUACAGCUGUGAAUUGGAUAGAGGCAUUAAGUGAUGAUGAAUUAACAGACUUCCUUCCUCAAUUUGUGCAAGCAAUGAAGUAUGAAACAUACCUGGACAGUGCUCUUGUCAGAUUCAUCUUGUCUCGGGCUUUGGGAAGCAUUCGAAUAGCUCACUACCUGUAUUGGCUUCUUAAGGAUACACUACAUGAUGCAAAGUUUGGUGUAAGGUAUGAGCACAUUCUUGGAGCUUUUCUUUCAGUCUGUGGAAAAGGCUUGAGGGAAGAGCUGGAGAAGCAAACCAGACUGGUACAGCUUUUUGGAAUGGUAGCAGAAAAAGUAAAGCAGACAAGUGGAUCUGCUAGACAGGCUGUAUUGCAAAAUGGUAUGGAAUGUGUGCAGUCCUUUUUCUUGAAGAACAAAUGCCGUUUGCCUCUCAAUCCUAGCCUUGUGGCAAAAGAGCUAAAUAUUAAGGCAUGUUCCUUCUUCAGCUCUAAUGCAGUACCACUGAAAGUUGCACUGGUAAAUGCAGACCCUCUGGGAGAAGAAAUUAAUGUGAUGUUUAAGGUUGGAGAAGAUCUACGACAGGAUAUGCUGGCUUUGCAGAUGAUUAAGAUUAUGGAUAAGAUCUGGCUGCAGGAGGGGCUGGAUCUACGGAUGGUUAUAUUCAAGUGUCUCUCAACUGGAAAAGAUCGAGGCAUGGUGGAGCUUGUUCCUGCUUCAGAUACCCUUAGGAAAAUUCAAGUGGAAUAUGGAGUGACAGGUUCUUUUAAAGACAAACCUCUGGCAGAGUGGUUGCGAAAGUAUAAUCCUACAGAGGAGGAGUAUGAAAAGGCUUCCGAAAACUUCAUUUAUUCUUGUGCAGGAUGCUGCGUAGCUACUUACGUGUUGGGAAUUUGUGACCGCCACAAUGACAACAUAAUGCUGCGAAACACAGGGCAUAUGUUUCACAUUGACUUUGGAAAAUUUUUGGGUCAUGCACAAAUGUUUGGUAGCUUUAAAAGGGAUCGGGCUCCUUUUGUGCUAACCUCAGAUAUGGCUUAUGUCAUUAAUGGUGGUGAAAAACCCACCAUUCGCUUUCAGUUGUUUGUGGAUCUCUGCUGUCAAGCUUACAACUUAAUAAGAAAACAUGCAAACCUCUUCCUUAACCUACUUUCACUGAUGCUUUCUUCAGGGUUACCAGAACUAAGUGGAGUUCAGGACUUAAAGUAUGUCCAGGAUGCUCUCCAGCCCCAAACAACAGAUGCAGAAGCUACUAUUUUCUUUACAAGGUUGAUUGAAUCCAGUCUGGGGAGUGUUGCCACAAAGUUUAAUUUCUUCAUUCACAACUUGGCUCAGCUGCGUUUCUCAGGUCUGCCUUCUAAUGAUGAGCCCAUCCUCUCAUUUUCUGCUAAAACAUACUCUCUCAAACAAGAUGGACGAAUCAAACAAGUAUCUGUGUUUACCUAUCAGAAGAGAUAUAAUCCAGAAAAACAUUAUAUCUAUGUAGUGAGAGUUCUGAGAGAAGGACAAGUUGAACCGGCAUUUGUCUUCCGGACAUUUGAUGAGUUCCAGGAGCUCCACAACAAACUUGGUAUUCUCUUUCCUCUCUGGAAGUUACCGGGCUUUCCUAAUAAGAUGGUUCUGGGAAGAACCCAUAUAAAAGAUGUAGCGGCUAAAAGGAAAGUGGAGCUCAACAGCUAUAUACAGAGUCUGAUGAACAGUUCUGCAGAGGUGGCAGAAUGUGAUCUUGUUUAUACCUUUUUCCAUCCUUUACUUCGUGAUGACAAAGUGGAAGGAAUAGAUGGAAUAGCCAGACCUGCAGAUGCAAGUCCAUCAAGUCCUACCUCAGGCAAAGUGGGAGGAGAAGUGAAGCUAUCCAUAUCAUAUAGAAACAGCACUCUAUUUAUCAUGGUAAUGCACAUCAAAGAUCUGGUUACAGAAGAUGGUGCUGAUCCAAAUCCCUAUGUAAAAACAUACUUACUUCCAGAUACACACAAAACAUCUAAACGCAAAACCAAAAUCUCUCGAAAGACAAGAAACCCAACUUUCAAUGAAAUGCUUGUGUACAGUGGAUACAGCAUGGAGACACUGAAACAGAGAGAACUUCAGUUAAGUGUGCUCAGCGCAGAGUCAUUACGUGAGAACUUUUUCUUGGGUGGAAUUACACUCUCGCUAAAGGACUUCAACUUAAGCAAGGAGACUGUUAAUUGGUAUAGACUAACUGCUGUACCCUAUCUGUGAGCUCAUUGCUACAACUUAGUAAGAACAGACCAAUUGUAUUCACCUGUGCUUUUUGCAUCUUCUUACUUGAAAGUAACUUGUACGUUGUAAAAUAAGAGAGACUGCAUUUCAACAGGUAUGUUGGACCAACCUUCAUGUAGCCUAAUUUUGAGGAUUUCUAGAAAAUCAUUGCUGGCUUACGCUCAUGCAGUGUUAUGAAAGCAUUAAUGUAAAUGUUUCUUAGUAGUUGCGGGUAAAGGAAGGGCUUCUAAACCAUCUAUGAAAGAGUCAAAUUAACAGUCUAACCAUGCUUGUUGGUUAAACCACCACAAAUUAAUCAAAAACUUAGGCCUGUGGAUGUAGUGGAUUUGGGGUUUAUAAUUUUUUUGUCCCCUGUGUUAUGUCAUACAUGGCAUGAUGCUGGAGAAAAUCAAAGAAAAUGUGUAUUUUUCGGGAUUGCAUUCCCACUAUUAACUAGGCAUCACAGAAGCAUCAAUGGGUAAAAUAUUACCCAUUGGGUA